CUCUAACUGCACUCGGUUAAAAAAUCUUGACCUCUCCUACAACUCUUUAACGGGCAAAAUUCCUGAAGAAAUUGGAAAUUGCAGAGACCUAUGGACCCUCAAUUUAUACAACAAUCAACUUACGGGACAACUUCCUGCAUCUUUAACCAAUACUUCACUGAUUAAUAUUGAUGUAGAGUACAAUUAUUUAUCAGGUCAGCUCCCAUCAGAUAUUGUAGGAAACCUACCUGAAUUAUUAUUCCUCCAUCUAUCAUAUAACAGAAUGACAAGCCAUGAUCACAACACCAAUCUUGAUCCCUUUUUUACUGCCCUCAGAAAUUGCACUGAUUUACUGGAGGUUGAAUUGGCUGGCAUGGACCUUGGAGGAAGAUUGCCUACCUCGAUUGCCCAACCUAAUCUGCUCCAUCUACAGUUGCAAGAAAAUCACAUCUUUGGAUCAAUACCCCCGGCUGUAGGGAAUCUUUCACGCCUUAUGGACUUGAAUUUGAAAUCUAAUCUUCUAGACGGAACAAUUCCAGCUGACCUGGGGAAUCUGGUUCAGCUCAAUUAUUUAUAUCUCAACAACAACCUCCUCUCAGGAACAAUAUGAUGGAAGAGUGAAUUUUACUUAGAUAAUCAUUAGCUAGUAAUUUAAUUAUGUUAAAUGUAUUGGAGUCAUGUGAUGUAAUUUGUCUUUUUGUAUUUUGGUAGCUAGUGGUCAAAACCACUCAAGUUUGUACAAUGUAAGAUGCAAGCUCCAUAUAUCAGUCAAUGAUAUCAAAUGAAGACACAUGGUCAUG